UGGAUCCGAACUUAUUUGAUUCCGUUCUCUUUUGUGGCUUCCGUCAAAUCGGAGCUGAAGGUCUGAGAUCACGAGCAGAGACAUUUAAACCCGCGAGACACUUCCGACUCCUGUCAGACUUCGACCUAAAGAAACACAACCCUUCAAAACCCCGUAAACACGCUCCGAGCGAACAACUGCACUAAACACAAGGAGCCUGAAUGGAGGCCCACGGUUCUGCGAGACUGUCCAGGAAGAGAAAGAGAGAAGGUUCAAAUGGAGAGGCAGAGGAGGGCGAGAUACCGCUGAAGUUGAAGCGGUGCACGGUGGGUCUGAAAUACCCAGCUCCGUAUGCAGAUCAGCUGGAGUCAGUGGAAGAUAAGCCAUAUCAGCGCGUCACCAUGGAGGAAGCUCGCAAGGGCACUCCACUCGACAGGCCUGUGCGUGUGUACGCUGAUGGCAUCUUCGACAUGUUCCACUCGGGACAUGCCCGCGCUCUCAUGCAGGCUAAAUGCCUUUUCCCAAACACUCAUCUUAUUGUGGGUGUGUGCAGUGAUGACCUCACACACAAGUUAAAGGGCUUCACCGUCAUGAACGAGGAUGAACGCUAUGACGCGGUGAGCCACUGUCGCUAUGUGGACGAGGUGGUCCGGAAUGCUCCGUGGACUCUCACGCCCGAGUUCCUCACCAAGCAUCGGAUUGACUUUGUGGCCCAUGAUGAUAUCCCAUACUCCUCAGCUGACAGUGAUGAUGUUUACAAGCACAUCAAAGAAGCAGGGAUGUUCGCCCCAACCCAACGGACAGAGGGCAUUUCCACCUCUGAUGUCAUCACACGCAUCGUACGAGAUUAUGACGUCUACGUCAGACGGAAUCUUCAGCGUGGCUACACCGCAAAAGAGCUUAACGUCAGCUUCAUCAAUGAAAAGAAGUACAAUCUUCAGGAGCGCGUGGACAAGGUGAAGAAGAAGGUGAAGGACGUGGAGGAGAAGAGUAAAGAGUUUGUGCAGAAGGUGGAGGAGAAGAGCAUCGAUCUGAUCCAGAAAUGGGAAGAGAAGUCCCGAGAGUUCAUCGGCAACUUCCUGCAGAUGUUUGGACCGGAGGGAGCCUUGAAGCACAUGCUGAAGGAGGGAAAAGGGCGAAUGCUUCAGGCCAUCAGUCCGCGGCAGAGCCCCAGCAGCAGUCCCACACGCGAGCGUUCCCCGUCUCCAACCUUCCGUCUGCCCUUCUUCACCAAAACCUCCCCGCCCUCCUCGCCCUCGUCCCAUCACGGCAGCGCCCUGUCCAGCUACACUUGCGCCGCCCGCGGGCAGGCCAUCAGCGAAGACGAGGAGGACGACGAAGAUUAGAGUGUCACAGCGCACCACGCAUCUGUCUUCCAAUACUGGCAAUCCAACCUCAGAAAUGAAGCAAUCCUCACACCAUCCAUCGGUUUCGCUCUCUGUAUUACUAACACACAUGAAGGGUUAAAAUAGAGCGAUGUCUAGAGCGUUAGUGAUGGAGUCGGUUCCAACUUGAGGGGUUUUUAAGUCAUUGUCAGCGAUGGGAUGCGAGUAUUCAAACUCCAGCGUCUCGUCUUGAAUUUGGCAGGGCUUUGUCGUGUUUUAAAGGGAUACUCCAUCCCAAAAUGAAAAUGUUGUCAUUAAUCACUUACCCCCAUGUCGUUCCAAACCCAUAAAAGCUUC